CGAAAUCACAAACAGUUUCAGCGAUAGUAACACGAAUAACGUAGUUUGCUAUUUAAAAUCAACUAUUAUUACAAAAAAAAAAACAACUAAAAACAAAAAAAUUGUUUGAUUAUUUUUAUUUGGAUAAGAAGAGCUAAAAAAAAAAAAUUAAAAUGUAUUCACCUGAAGAAGAAAUUCGAUUGCUUAACAUGCGAAGAUCUUGGCAUCAAGGGAGAAGAUCUUCUUCAACGUUUUCUUUGCUUGGACACGAAGAGGAACCUGAACUUUUCCCGGAAAAAUCGGUCCAUAAUUCUUUUGAUUUAUCAGUUAAUAAUUAUGCUGAAAAAACCAGCGAGUUUCCCCCGAUACUGAACCAAUUAGAAGAAUUGGAAGCCCCUGAUUUUGAAGAAUGCGUAAACGAGAACGAAGUAACAACAAUCUUAGAUGCUUCCAAGUUAGGUGACAUACCAGCAAAAUACGUCAUACAACACUUGGCUCAACACCAGUUCCCUGUUGCUGGUGUUUACGUCGACCAAAGAAUUCUUCCCGGAUUUAAAUAUAGCGUACUUCCACUAUGCAAUAACACCCAAAAAACCAAACCACUAUUCAAUGGAAAAGCUUUAACUUUAAAAUCGAUCGGUCGCGGAUACGCCAGGAGAUUCACCUUUGAAGAUGGUAUCAUCCCAAACUUAAAAGAACGUUGUUUUUGGAGCGAUAACAAUCCCGGAGGAUACGCUUUUGAAUUAAAAGCGGUCUCAGUUGGGGAUAAAUUUACAAUUUACGAUGCGAAUCAUGAACCGCAAGGAUUCUUAGAGGUUACGAAUGUAAAUGAGAAGCAAUUAGAAAUUGAUGGUGGCAUCAACAAAAAAGGCAUCGAGAAAAAAGUCAAAGUAAAAAUGACGGUUACUGUUGAAUUAUAUGAUGAUAUCUCACAAAGCUUACCAAUAACCGGAGUUGCUGUUUACGCUAAAAAAUUCAACGAAAAAUGCGCUAAAGUUACCAAAGUAUUAAACGUAAACAUCAAAAAUCAUCGCUACUACUUAAUUCCCGGUGUUAAGAAGAAUUCAAGAUGGAUUAAAGUUAAUGGAAGUGAAAUUAACGAUGUUCCAACUAAAUACACAAUCAAAGGAAUCGAACAACAUGAACUUCCUGCUGUUGGCACUUACGUAGAUCCAAGAAUUUUACCAGGAUUCGUUUACAAAGUGCGCCCAAUCAAUUCAAAACGCACUCUAUUUAAUGGACAACCAUUAAAAUUAACAAGCAUCGGCCAAGGAUACGCUAAAAGAUUCACGUUUGAAUCAAAUUCAAAAUUAGAAAACGAUAACUUCUUUUGGUCCGAUAAUAAUCUUGAAGGUUACGCUUUUGAAACAAGAGCGGUUUACGAUCAAACCAGAUUUAAUAUUAUUUGUAAUGAACGAAUUAUCGGUGAAGCUCGAGUUUUUCGUUCCGAUUUGCCUCAAUUAGAACAUGAAACUAAUAGGAUAUUAGUAGAAAACGGUAAAACCGUGUUUGUUAAGCACGUACACGUUAAUUUGUUGUGCCACGUGAAACUUGACAUUAAAAAUAGCGGAUCUGUCGAUGAGAGCUUGAUGAAGGUUUAUGGGUUAGCUAUUUUAAGGAAAUCUGGAGAAGAUCGAGUUGCGAAAUUGGAAAAAAUUGAUAAUGUCGCUUUGGAUUCGCAAAUUAAUUUAUUGUUUGCACACGCAAAUGCGCAACUUACCUUUGUUCCUAUUGCUUAAUUCUUUUUAAAUCAAAUUAGUUCAUUAUAUUAAUGAAGAACGUAUUUUAAUUGUGAUUAUUUAAUUUAAGGAUACUGGAUAGUUUCUAAUAAAUAAUAGUUUUGUAAUUUA